GCCAUUAUUACUAACCACAUAAAACUGGUGCUACUGACUUAGCGUACGUUGGUAACAGUAAUGUUAGCAGUCGCUAAGCUGCGUUAGCUAAUUCAGGUUUUCGAUCUACUGGUAUCACAUAUGUGGACAACUUGACGUGGCAACUUGGUUGUUAACAUUUACCAGUUUUGAAAAUGGUGUCGUCACGAAUGAGGCCUUUUUUCCUCCUUUAACGUGGUCCCUAAAUGUUAACUUAUCAGGUGGGGCUGUGAGACAUUUAAACCUCCCGCCCGGGCCACGUAAUGACCACGCUAGCAAUAGUGAUUUGUAAACAAAGUGGGCUUCAGUGUUGCAGAUCCACGUCGUGUGAUGGAUACACCACCAACGCGAGAGGGAGGUCCUCGCAGCUAUGUCCACAACCAGAGCCAGGAGGCCGACUCACCUCUGCCACCGAUCACUGAGCGUCUAGCUUACCUCCGGCCAUCUCGUGAAUUGCUGGAGUUCUACAGGCAGAAGGUGGCUCAGUUUGAUGGGGAACAUGAGGACCUUCUGCAGAUGCUGGAGAAAUACAGAAGCACCACAGACGAUCAGCAUAAGAUCCAAUGGGAAGUCCGGCAGCGUGAGGGAGAGAUCGCAGAGCUUCAGAAGGCACUAAGCGACAUGCAGGUCUAUCUCUUCCAAGAGCGAGAACAGGCACUGCGCCUGUAUGCUGAGAACGACCGCCUAAAAAUCAGAGAGUUGGAGGACAGGAAGAAAAUCCAGCAUCUUUUGGCUCUGGUGGGUCCAGAUGUAGGGGAGAUCACUUACUUUCAUCGAGAUCCUCCAAACAAGGUCACAGUUCCCCAGAAGAAGGUGCAGCCAAGGCCUCAGGAUCAGUGGAAGGUUUCAAAAGCAGCUUCUAGAGAGGCCAGUAAGAAGCUCUCCAAGGAGGGACUGGAGAGUGCAGAGCAGUACAAGACAGACAACCAGACCUUACUACUGCAGGUGGAGGCGCUCCAGGCCCAGAUGGAGGAGCAGACCCGUCUGGCCAAAGAACAGGUGGAGUCUCUCCUCGAGGACCGGCGCAUCCACGUGGAGGAGGCUCAGGUCCAACACCAGAGAGACCAGGACCGCAUCACGGCUCUCACCAACAAGCUCACGCGCACACAGACCCUGCUGUAUGAGAGCACCAGGGACUUCUUGCAGCUGAAGUUCGAGAGCCGCACCCAUGAGAAGAGCUGGGUGACGGAGAAAGACCGGCUCUUGCGGCAGCUUGACACCUGCCACGAGAAGCUUCAGAGUGGCCGCGGAGGACCGGACAGAUUGGGACCGGCCACUGCACCGCAGCGCUUUGCCCAAGCCCCGCCGGAGUCACAGCAGAUGCACCAGGAGGAGAUUCGGGCACUGAGUGAGGAGCUGAAGCAGGCCCACAAAUUGGCCGACAUGUACCGGGAGCAGUGUGUGGGUUUAGAUACAGACCUGGCACAAAUCAGAGAGGAAGGAGAUGUGGGUAAAGAAAUCUUCCAGGUAUGCCAACCAGCUUUUACCCACCUUUUUAAGUCCGAGCACAAUUAA